AUGGAUGUUCCUAGAACAGACAAUUCAGAUGUAUUUAUGAUAUUAAUGCGGAUUGGUUUCGCUUCAUUGCUCUGGAUGAAAAGUCCUGCGCUUUUCGAUAUUGAAACCUUAGAAAGACUAAGAAAAGUACGAAAUGUAAGGGGUAAAAAGGUUGGAGGAUUUGAAACGAGAAAAACACAUGCACAGCCUUCUGUUUCCAGUAUUUUAGCUUAA